AUGCUUUCCGAGACUGGCUUGUCGCCAAUUCGAAUCCUCAGCCCCUGGAGCUGCACUUCGCAGUACUCGCGUACGACCGAAUGUCAGCUCAACGAAACGCCCAAACAGCUGAAUUGGCUCGAUCGAUCUACCAACAAAUAUAAAUUCUCUUCGAACGGCUUCCUGUUGUUUAGCUUUAUCCCUCACAAAAUUCGACAAGAGAUCGGUACACGCCUGAAGUCACGCGGGUUCCGCGGUUUUCCUGACCCAAGAUUAUUCGCAGGUGUAUUGCCAUAUCUUGACUCUUUUCUGCGUCAGCAGCACGAGCAAUUCGUUUGUUCCGAGGAGUUUCUCGAAGCAUUCAAUAGGGUGAAUAUGAGCGAGGAUUCCGGCGAUUUUCCUACGGAACGACGACGAUCAGCUACGAGUUCAAAGAAACCUCAGCUCACAGCAGAAACAUUGAUGAAAUCGAGACAUGAUAGGGAGCAUGUCCUAGGCGAAAGUUCCUUGGAAAAGAUGUACCCUACAUCGAGCAUUCCUCGUCCCUAUGUGUGCCAUGCGACGACCAGCCAAAAUGAUAGCGCCGUAUCGUCAUCAUUCUCAUCCGACGCUAAUGGACAUCGACCUACAAGAUUACGCAGCAUUCGGGAGGAACACCUUCGAGGGAAUCCCACGACGUUUGCAAUCCCGCGUGUUGAACAUCAUUCAAAAGGUGAUACGAUGCAAUUUGAUCAUAACACCGAGGAAGGGAGGCGAAUGUUUGCUGCUGUGCUGUGCAAGAAGCUGAAUCGACUACAAGCGAGACGCGAACGAAACGAUGAAACCGAACGACAACUGAGAGAUAUUGAAGAUCGAAAGUGUACUACACGCGAGCUGAUUUCAACUUCCGAAGCCGUUCAUGAUGUAGCAUGUGAUGACGAUGAUGAUGUGGAGUGCUACCUAGAGCGAAUGAGGGAAGACAGUCUGAAAGCCUCUGCAAAUCGCUCACCGCGACUCAAUGCCCUCUCACCAACGACUGUUUUCUCCGAGCGUGAACGUGCAAAAUCUGGAUGUGGCACUGCUGGAGGUAAUACUAUGGGAGUUAUGUCGAUGUCGAUGUCGUCGUAUCCACGCUCAGCGAAUCAGUUUGCUCCACCACCUUUGCCGAAUACGUUCAAUACUUCUGGCGUAUAUUACAAGGAAUCAAGGAAUGCAAACCAAACAGCUUUGAUUUACGAUUCUUCUGGAGUGGAAUCGAUGGCACCAUCAGCUUUCUCAGACACUUCAAGAGGCUCGCGACGUAUGCCGAUGAUUCCACCUGGAUUGAGCACUCCUCGAAAGACUCGCCGAUCCCUUCCAUCUGCAGGACAACAGCUGAUGACUAUAUCCUACAAAGGAAUUGAUGGAGUGCCAGUAGUUGCGCAUGUUCCUGUGUCUCAAGCAGGGUUGACGCUGAAGGAGUUCCGCCGGCACUUUUCCAUUUCCUCUCAUUCUAACGUGCAGUUCUUUUUCAAAUCGACAUGCGAGGAUGGCUCUGCCCCGUAUCAACUCCUCCUGGUGAACGACGAUUCCGCCUAUCUUCCCAUAUUUGAAGGAAGAAUCACAGCCGAACUGAAAAAAAUAUCGCCGGAAUAG